AUGACGGCCCCGGGCCACAGCCCCCUCGUGCCGCUGUUGGAGACUUUGGAAGACCCUUCUGCCUCCCAUGGAGAGCAGACCGACGCUUACCUGACCCUGACUAGUCGUAUGACUGGAGAAGAUGGAAAAGAAAUCAUUAUAGAAAUUGAGAAGAAACUUCCUCAGCUAAUCAGAGUUUUAAAGACUCACAUUGCCAGUCAAAACUCAGAGCUCAGUAGUGCUGCUCUGCAGGCCUUGGGGUUUUGCUUAUAUAAUCCGAAAAUUACCUCUGGAUUAUCAGAGAUAAAUAUUCAAGAACUGCUUUCAAAACUGAAUGAUAUUGUUAAGAAUUCAGAUAAAAAUGUACGUACUAGGGCACUUUGGGUGAUAUCCAAACAGACGUUUCCCACUGAAGUUGUUGGCAAAGUAGUAUCUAGUAUAAUUGAUUCAUUAGAAAUAGUCUUUAAUAGAGGAGAGAUGCAUUCUGCUGUUGUGGAUUAUGAAGCAUUAAAUGUCAUCAUAAGGCUAAUUGAACAAGCCCCAAUUCAAAUGGGAGAAGAGUCAAUUAGAUGGGCAAAAUUGGUCAUACCUUUAGUGGUUCAUUCGGCCCAAAAGGUACAUUUACGGGGAGCCACUGCUCUAGAGAUGGGAAUGCCGUUGUUACUUCAGAAACAACAAGAAAUAGCAUCUAUCACAGAGCAGCUUAUGACUACCAAAUUACUUUCGGAACUCCAGAAGCUAUUUAUGAGUAAAAAUGAGACUUACGUGUUAAAAUUAUGGCCUUUGUUUGUCAAACUUCUUGGGAAGACCUUGCAUCGAAGUGGGAGUUUCAUCAAUUCUCUAUUACAGCUAGAAGAACUGGGAUUUCGUAGUGGAGCACCCAUGAUUAAAAAAAUAGCUUUUAUUGCUUGGAAGAGUUUAAUAGAUAAUUUUGCUUUAAAUCCUGAAAUACUAUGUAGUGCAAAAAGACUGAAGUUGUUAAUGCAGCCUUUGAGUUCUAUCCAUGUGAGAACAGAAACUCUAGCGCUGACAAAACUAGAAGUCUGGUGGUAUUUAUUGAUGAGACUAGGACCUCAUCUUCCUGCUAAUUUUGAACAGGUCUGUGUGCCUCUGAUUCAAAGCACAAUAAGCAUUGAUGUUAAUGCUUCGCCUCAAGGCAGUUCAUCUCGUGUAGCUACUUCUCCAGCUUUAAAUCCUGCGACCCCUGUACACAAAGGUGCUUCUCCAUAUGGAACUCCCCGGAUGAACUUGAGUUCAAAUUUUGGUGGAAUGGCCACAAUCCCCUCUAUACAAGUUUUGGGGCUUGAAAUGUUGCUUCACUUUUUGUUGGGUCCAGAAGUCUUGAGUUUUGCUAAGCAAAACAAACUUAUGCUGAGCUUAGAGCGACUUGAACAUCCGUUAAUCAGCAGCUCUUCUUUUUUUUCCAAACAUGCAAAUACAUUUAUCACUGCUGUUCGUGAUAGCUUUGUUGCAAUUAGAAAAGAUGCUUCUGAUGCAAUUGUCAAUGCUAUUUGGAAGGAGCUAGUUAGCUUGGUGAAGUCAGUUAUUGAAUCUGGUAACAAAAAAGAGAGACCAGGUUCUGAAGUUUUGACUCUUCUAUUAAAAUCUUUGGAAAGCAUAGUGAAGUCAGAAGUAUUUCCUGUAUUGAAAACACUGGUUCUCAUGGAAAUUACAAUUAAAGGACUUCCUCAGAAAGUAUUAGGUUCUCCAGCAUAUCAGGUUGCUAAUAUGGAUAUUCUUAAUGGGACUCCUGCUUUGUUCUUAAUUCAGUUAAUUUUCAAUAAUAAUCUGUUGGCAUGUGGUGUAGAAGAUGAAAGGUUUUUUCUCAACCUGGAAACACUUGUAGGCUGUGUUCUUUCUGGUCCAACUUCACCGCUAGCUUUCAGUGACUCUGUCUUAAAUGUUAUUAAUCAAAAUGCAAAGCAGUUGGAAAACAAGGAGCAUCUUUGGAGAAUGUGGAGUAUUAUAGUCACCCCAUUAACUGAAUUGAUAAAUCAGACCAAUGAAGUGAAUCAAGGUGAUGCCUUAGAACAUAAUUUUAGUGCCAUCUAUUGUGCACUGACUUUACCAAUAAACCAUAUUUUUUCAGCACAGAAAAUUCCAGUGGCCACCAUGAAGACCUUACUUAAAACUUGGUCAAAAUUAUAUAGAGCAUUUGCUCGCUGUGCAGCUUUGGUGGCAACUGCAGAGGAGAAUUUGUGCUGUGAGGAACUUUCUUCCAAGAUAAUGUCCAGUUUGGAAGAUGAAGGCCUUUCAAAUUUAUUGUUCUUGGAUAGGAUCACUCAUAUUAUUACUGUAAUGGUUGAUUGCAUCGACUUUUCACCAUAUAAUAUUAAGUAUCAGCCCAAAAUUAAAUCACCACAGAGACCUUCAGAUUGGUCCAAAAAGAAGAAGGAGCCCUUGGGAAAAUUGGCUUCUUUAUUUAAACUUAUUGUGAGAGUGAUCUAUUCUUUCCACACUCUGAGCCUCAAGGAAGUACAUUCUGAUACUCUACUCGCUAUUGGCAACUCAAUCACCAGCAUUCUUUCCAAUGUACUUGGACAUAUUUCUUUGCCUUCUAUGAUCCGAAAAAUAUUUGCAACUUUAACAAGACCUCUGGCAUUAUUUUACGAAAACUCAAAGUUUGAUGAAGUUCCUAAAGUAUAUAGUUGUAUGAACAACAAGUUAGAAAAGCUACUAGGAGAAAUUAUUGCUUGUCUACACGUCAGCUACACUGGGACUUACGACAGUGAACUUCUUGAACAGAUCUCGCCAUUAUUAUGCAUAGUAUUUUCACACAAGAACAAACAGAUUAGAAAACAAAGUGCUCAGUUCUGGAAUGCCACAUUUGCUAAAGUGAUGAUGUUGAUUUAUCCUGAGGAGUUAAAACCAAUACUAAAACAAGCCAAACAAAAAUCUCUGCUUCUGUUGCCUGGUUUGGAAAAUGUUGAAAUUAUUGAGGAAUCCAGUGGACCAUAUUCAGAUACAACAGAAAAUUCACAGUUAAAUAUGAAGAUAAGUGGCAUGGAAAGAACCUCAAGUGGAAAAAGAGAUUCUUUUUUGGCACAAAUAAAGGAUACAAAAGACAAUAUGAAACCACCAGCUAAAUUGAAACUAGAGUCUUCAACUCCAAAAGCAAAGAGUGAAAUGCCUUUGGAAGAAGAAAAGUCUACUGACUUUGUGUUUAUACCUCCAAAAGGAAAAGAAACAAAGGAAAGGAUACUAACUGAACACCAGAAAGAAGUACUCAAAACAAAGAGGUGUGAUAUUCCUGCCAUGUAUAAUAAUCUGGAUGUUUCACAAGAUACUUUACUUUCUCAGUAUGGUCAGGAAGAGUCUAUGGAAAUUCCUACUUUAACUGAAAAAUCCAAGGAAGAUUCCAAGAUGAUAUUUAAGGAGGAACAAAAGGAGAGUGACAUUGUCAUUCCUCAACAUGUCACGGAAAACUGUGGUAUGGAUGAACACCUUGAAAAGGCUUCCCUUUCGAAUAAUGAGUGUGGUUCUAUUGAGGAAACCAAUCCAGAAAUACUGAGCAGUAAUGAUGCCAGAAAAAAGGCUUUAAUUGUAUCAAAGAAGACGCCAACUGAAUGUGCAUCUAGUACAGAAAAUACAUUUGGUGUCAGCAGUAGCUCAGUUUCUAAUGCCACUAUUUCUGGAACUCCUCUCCCACAGCCUACAAGUCGAAGGCAAUCCUUUAUUACUUUGGAGAAGUUUGAUGGCUCAGAAAAUAGACCCUUUAGUCCAUCCCCCUUGAAUAAUAUAUCAUCAGCUGUUAUAGUGAAAAAUAACCAGGAAGGCAUGGCUAAAACAGAUAAUCCACCAAAAGCAAAGAAAAGAGAAGUGGCUCUUUCAAAAUCUGACUCUGCAAAAACACUACAUGGGAUUAAGAGAUCAGGCCGAAGGUCGAGUAAGCCUGAACCAAUAGGGAAUAAAAAGUCUAAGCCCUUGAUGAGAUCUGAUCAGGAGAAAAGUACUCGGGAAUCUGUUGAUGGCAUGGUAGCCUUAGAAAAUAACCCACCUGGUUUGCUUAAUCAAACAGAACGUGUAUUAGAUAAUCAGGUUCAUCUCUCUGAGUCUUCAGUGGAGUAUGAGGAUACGAUGCUUAAACCAACAAUAGAAAAUACUAUACUAUUAGAAAACAGUACUGUAGAGGAGAAAACCUUAGAAAUUAAUUUGGAAUCCAAAGAAAACACACCCCCAGCCAUAAUAACAACAGAUCAAACAGUAAAUGAGGAUAGUCAUGUUCAGAUAACUCCAAAUCAUAAAACCCUUAGACGAUCUUUAAGGCGACGUUCAGAAACAGCAGAGCCAACCACUGAUAGCCAAGAUAAAGAAAAUAAUCAAAAAAGGGAAAGACGUAAGGAAGAAGAAAAGACUCUGCAGAGGAGUCCAUUGCAUGUAAAAGAUGAUGUUUUACCUAAGCAAAAAUUGAUUUCUGAACAAACUGUACAGGAAAAUUUAAUUGAGAAAGGAAAUAAUUUACAUGAGAAGACUUUUGGGGAAACCAGCGCUAAUGCUGAAAUUGAUGAAAAUAGAAGAAAGCCAGAUCUUGAGACUACUAAAUCUGAGGGAGAUGGUACCCAGGACAUUGCAGAUAAAUCCUCUGAGAAAACAGUAAGGGGACGAACACGGUAUCAAACAAGAAGAGCAUCCCAGGGUUUACUUUCCAGCAUUGAAAACUCAGAAUCUGAUAGUUCUGAGGCAAAAGAAGAAGGUUCUAAAAAGAAAAGAUCUGGAAAAUGGAAAAACAAAAGCAGUGACAGUGUUGACAUUGAAGAUCAAGAAGAGAAAAUGGUAAAACAGGAAUGUAUAAAGGUUGAAAGUCAGACACAUGAUUAUAAAGGGAAUUCUGAAGUAGACAAAGAUACAAAAUCUCAGAUCUGUGAUAGAAGAGAAGAAAGUAAUAUUGUAACUCUUCAAGAUUCUACAAUAUCUGCAGAAUUAUUACAAGUUUCUGGUGAUGUAUCAAAUACUUAUGAGGGAAAAAGUAAAACUAACAAAUGUGCAGAACAUUUCUUUUCAAAUCCUUCUGUACCAGAAUCAAAUCUAAGGACUAGAAAUGCCAAUAAAAGAUUACAUAAGCGAGAUUCUCUAGAAAAUAGUGUGGGUGAAUCCUCAAAAACAGAAACAUCAGACAUUUCUUUGCUUUCUGAAAGACCUCUUCAAACACUUGAAUGCCAACACAAGAGAAGUAAGAGGGUGAGGAGAUCUAAAGGUUGUGAUUGCUGUGGAGAAAAAUCACAACCUCAGGAAAAGUCAUUCAUUGGGUUAAAGAAUACGGAGAAUUAUGAUGUAAAAGUCAGCGAAACAAAAAAGACAGAUGCGCAGACACCUGUAACUAUAUCAGAAACUUCUAAAGCUGAUCUGUAUUCAGAAGUAAAACUUUUAGAUGAGCAUCAUAGUGUGAAUUUUCAUUUGGAUCUCAAGGAGGAGAAUGAUACUAUUAAUGAUUCAUUAAUUGUAUCUGAAACUGAAUUGAAAGAAAAUACUAUUCAAGACUUUCUUCCUUCUGAAAUGGUAAAUAUUAAAGAAGAAACUUGUGAUAGGGAUUCUGAGGUAGCAAUAUCUCUUGAAAGCCAGGAGCCAUCUAAUAAAAAGUGUAAAACUAUUGACCCAUGUUUAGGUGACUUCAAAGAUAUUUCACUGGAAUGUUUAACUUUGGAGACCAAAGAAGAAAAGCCAGAGGCUAUCCCCAAAAAGGAAUUGAGUAUUAUAGAGAACCUUGCUAAUGUUGAAGCAAAUGCAGAAUUGAAUCCAGGAGAAGUAGAUGCUAUGGAAUUGAAUGCAGAAAGUGAUAAAUCUGAAGCUAGCUUCUCUAAACAAAAGAGUGUCAAAACUGAUAUUUCAGAGGAAGAGGUAACAGAGGAAAACAGUCAAAGAACGGAUGCACCUGAAGAACUCAGUGCUGACGAAGCAAUAACUGUGGAAUUUAAUUCAGGUAUUGGUCAUUCUGAUAAUACCACACCUGUGAAAGUGAGUGCUCAGUUAGAGAUUUCUGAACAGAUAGCAGUUGGGGAACUAGACAGAGGAAGUGAUGAAUCUGAUCCAGGCUCAUCUGGAGAAAUGAAUGCUGAAAUGGAAAAUUGUGAAGAAACAGUGAUUGGUGAGGUGACUACUGAAAUUGACCGUGUCAAUGAAACAGAGGAUGAGGACUUAACUACCAAAGCCUCUAAGCCUAUAGAAGCUGAAACAAAGAGAUUGAAUGCAGAAAUCGAUAGCUUUGUUCCCAACACACUUGAGAUGAGCACUGAAGAAGGAAAGGUUGACUCUAAUAAAACUGAAACAAAUAUUGAACCUAAUAAAUUUGAGGAAACAAAAUUAGGUGACAGUCAGAUGGUAGUGGGAAAUGAUGGAAUUUUACCGGAAGUUCACCAUACUUCAGAGAAAGAGGAGGAGACACCACAACCUCUGACAGCUGAAACAGCUGUUUCUGAACUGGUAUCAGAAGACAAUAAUACAUCUCCUCAAAAAUUAAAGGAUGUUGAUCCUUACAUGUCAGCAAAUGACAGUCCUAGUGGCAUGCAGACACGCUGUGUCUGGUCUCCUUUGGCUUCUCCAUCCACCAGCAUUUUAAAGAGAGGACUAAAAAGACCCCAAGAAGAUGAAAGCUCAUCACCUGUUCACAAGGUUCGCCGUGUCUCCUUUGCAGAUCCUAUAUACCAGGCAGGAUUGGCAGAUGACAUUGAUAGGCGAUGCUCUAUUGUUAGGUGCCAUUCUUCAAAUAGUUCUCCCGUAGUAAAAAGUGUUAAAACUUCACCUACUGCGCAAUCUAAGCAUAAUACUACUUCAGCCAAAGGAUUUCUGUCCCCAGGAUCACGUAGCCCUAAAUUUAAGAGCUCAAAGAAGUGUUUAAUUGCAGAAAUGGCUAAGGAAUCUGUGCCGUGCCCAACAGAAAGUGUUUACCCUGCUUUGGUGAACUGUGUAGCACCAGUUGACAUCAUUUUACCUCAGAUUACGUCCAACAUGUGGGCAAGAGGACUGGGACAACUCAUUAGAGCCAAGAAUAUAAAAACAAUUGGUGAUUUGAGUACUCUUACAGCAUCUGAAAUAAAAACUCUUCCUAUCCGUUCUCCAAAAGUGUCUAAUGUAAAAAAGGCUCUCAGAGUAUAUCAUGAGCAGCAGGUGAAGUCUCGUGGACUAGAAGAGAUUCCAGUUUUUGAUAUUUCUGAAAAAACAGUAAAUGUAAUGGAAAAUAAAUCUUUUUCUCCUGAUGAAGAAAGACUUGCCUCAGAUUUAAUUGAUCCUGUUGCUUUAGAGACUCCGUUAUCUAAAAAUCUUGUGGCCCAGAUUAGUGCACUUGCUCUUCAACUAGAUUCAGAAGAUCUCCAUAAUUAUUCAGGAAGCCAGCUAUUUGAAAUGCAUGAGAAACUUGGUAGCAUGGCAAACUCUAUAAUUAAAAAUCUGCAGUCACGUUGGAGGUCACCAGCCCAUGAAAAUUCUAUUUAG